CAAGAUGGCGGCUGGAGCAAGAACCGCAAAGCGUGUUCUAAAUACUAUUAUAGAUGCUCAGUAUUUGGCUGAUAAUAUUUUAUUCAUCAAUAGAGACCUAGUGGCAUUAAACAAACCUUAUGGGAUCGCUGUGCAUGAUGGUCCAGGGAUACCUAAAAGUAUUUCCAACUUUCUUGACGAAUUUGCAACUAUAAAAGAUCUGGGCCGUAAACCUGAGCUUGCUCACCGACUUGACAAGGACUGCACAGGAGUUCUGCUUUUAACUAGAAAUAGUCAAACGGCAAAAAGAGUAGCCGAAAUGUUUCACAGGAAAAAAGUGAUUAAAAAAUACUGGGCAAUCACAAUUGGGGUGCCCAAGUAUGAAGAAGGCAAGAUUAGUAUACCMGUUGGAUAUGGUAAAGUUGGUCCCUGGAGUCGUAUAGUUCUGAGGAGGGAUCUUGUUGGAAAAUCCUUGCAUGAGAUCAAUCAAGCAGGAUUCAAUGAUGCCAUAACUAAAUUCAAAGUUCUGGACACAAAUCAGAAGACUUGUUCAUUAUUAGAAAUUGAUCCUGUUACUGGUCAUAAACAGCAGAUAAGGGUACACAUGGCAGACGGUUUAAGAUGUCCUAUUCUUGGAGAUCACAAGUUUUCCUCUGAGCAGCCACAACCUCAGGUUCUACCAUUACGGCUUCUCCAGCUUCUUCAAAUCCGAGGUGUAAGAAGCACCAACGAUAAAGAAAAGGGAGGCAUAAUCAGACCAUGGCAACGAGGAAUGAUACCUCUGCACCUACACGCCAGAGAGCUUACUCUACCUGGGCUUAAUUCAGGAAAGGACCUGGUAAUAACAGCUCCUGCUCCACAGUUCUUUGAGGACAAUUUAAACAAACUUAACUUGCAUCCGAGAAGAAGUUCCAUGUCACAGACCAGGGAAGAAGCAGAAUACUACAGGUUACGGAGAUUAGGAAAGUCUACAAAAACGUUUAUAGGGUUUUAAAGCUACUUAAAAUUGUUAAGAAAAUUAGUUCAUCACAAAUAAAAGAACUAACAUGAUUGGA